AUGGCUAUCAGCAACUCCGCCAUCAUUGUAAUCGUCCUCGUCGGUUGUCUCGCCGUCACCGCUCUGGGCGCAGCACUUUUCAUCCACUACAACCCCGCCAAUGAAUCCCGCUUCAGCCCAAACCACGAGCAGCACCAAUACAUGCGGCAAGUCCGCGCACGAAACUACACCCACCUCCGACACGAAUCGAUGGGCGGUCGGGUCGACCUCGAGUCUCGAUUUACAUCAGAGGAAGCGCUGGCCUAUGCCCACCCUUCACCCCACUCGCCCCGAGUCUAA